ACAACGUACUCUUCCGGUACGGGAGGCGCGUGGAUCGAAAUGUAAACAACGUGCCCUCCGUUUGGAUUUGACGUCACAAUAACGUUCAAACUUGAGACAUUUUGUUCCGCUAUCGCAAAGCAGCGAUACUUCAAUUACGCUUCCCCGGGAGCGCACGUCACACUCUUUAGCGCCCGAUGCUAACGUUAGCAAGUUGACCACUUGUGGGUGAGGCGAGCAGAUGGGCUCUGUUCGCUGGGCUUUCCGCUGCGGGUCGUGGACGCCCGGCAGGGACGACUGGCUGUUCGCUGCUCGCUGCGUUCAGCCGGAGGAGAGAGACCGGAUAGGAAAGUUUGUGUUCGCGAAAGAUGCCAAAUCAGCCAUGGCUGGUCGGCUGCUGCUGAGGAGGUUCGUGUGCGAGAGGAUGCACGUCCCGUGGGAACUGAUCCGCCUGGAACGAUCUCCUAGAGGGAAGCCUUACCUGGCCGCACCGCUUGAAGUCAGCCCCGAGUCGGGGACAGAGCGGCCCGGCUGGAGCUUCAACGUCUCCCACCAGGGCGACUACGCGGUGCUGGCUGCCGAGAAGGGUUUGCAAGUCGGAGUUGACGUCAUGAAGACGUCCAUGCCAGGUAGCAGCACCGUCCCCGACUUUUUCCGCAUCAUGACUCGCCAGUUCACGCCGCGCGAGUGGCGCGUCAUCCGGUCAGCCGGCUCCGAGCGGCGGCAGCUCUCCGUGUUCUACCGCCACUGGACCCUGAAGGAGAGUUUCAUCAAGGCCAUCGGGACAGGAUUGAACUUCAAUCUGCAACGAUUGGAGUUUCAUUUGUCCUCUGAAGCUCUCACGCCGGCCCGUGUGCUCUGCCAGACCAGAAUGCACAUGGACGAAGAGCACGAGGAGGACUGGCGAUUUGAAGAGUGUUUACUUGACCCUGAUCAUCAUGUUGCUGUAGCGUUGGGAGGAGUGAAGAAUUUCCACUCUGCAAGGACGACCUCGUGUCUUCCUCCACCCACGGCUUUCGCGCUGCUGUCGUUCUCGGACCUCGUCGCGUCGGCCUCGCCGCUCACCGAGGAAGACCCCGCCUACUGGGAAAGCUUCAAAACGAAGGCCGAAGCGCCCUCGAGACAGAGAGACACGCAGUCCGGUCCCCGUUCUCUUUGACGUGUUCCCCGAAGCUCAGAGACCAAUCCUGUUACCUGCAGAGUCCUCCAGACGUAUCGCGCGAGUUCACAGUAUGACCGGAACAAGAGAACUCUGCAGUCCCGCUCAUAAAAAUCUAAAUAUAAACAUGACUUCCAAUCUCAUUCCUGACCAACCUAAUGGUGCCGCUCCAAUUCACGCCCUGAAACACCAAAAAAUGAAAAUGCAAAUAAUAUGCUUUUCUUGUCAUGUCAUUAUCCAAACCACUUAAGCUCACGAGGGUCGCGGGGAGUGCUCUAGCCUAUCCCAGCAGUCACCGGACAGGAGGCGGUGUACACCCUGAACUGGUUUUGCCAGCCAAUCGCAGGGCACAUCGAGACAAACAGCCGCACUCACAACCACACCUAUGGGCAAUUUAGAGUGUCCAAUUCAUGUUGCACAUUUUUGGGAUGUUGGGGGAAACCCAAAUGCCCGUAGAAAACCCUCAAAACAAGUUCCUUUAAUUCAUUUCGAUUAGAAAUAAUCUUGCUUGGACUUGGGAGUUUUUUGCGGGGAACUGUACUGACCUCCCACACAGGACCCUGACACUCGUCUUGCAGCCUUUGAACACGUAGAACUGCAAAAACAUUACAAUUAGUGUAUCAUUUAAAAAAAGAAUUUGAAGUGAUGAUUUAUUAAUUAGUGCCCUUAUGAAGUACCGGCAGUCGAGGGUUUAAGGGGAUGCUGAAGAGCCGACAAGGAGACGCUCGGCAGCUCCUCGGAUGUUCUCAAGGCUCAGAUUGAUUUGAUAAAGGUUGCUCAGACUCCUCAUGUUUUCCUGCUCCCCUUUUCCACUAGAACACUUCCAAAGCAUUCUGCUAAAAUCCAAUACUAGAGUUAUCUCACGGAUGGGUUUCAGUUCUGGUGCUGGGGUUCAAUGGCAGAUCCGCUCUUUACCGUCUCUGGUACCCUUACAGUUAAGUGAGGGCAUCACACGCAAAAACUACAAAAAAAUCUUUCGGCAACUGCAGAUUCUAAGUCAAAUAAUUUAAAGAUUUGAAUGACCCUUCUGCAAUGAUCCUUUGAACUGUGUUGUGUUUAACUAAGAGACAAAGGGGACAUGCAGUUCCUGGACCAUAGACCAUAUCGACCCAUUGACCGUGAUGGUCUGUCCGCCAUAACUUGAUCGGAUAUCAGAAUCGGAUGCCCCAGCCACCUCACCUGGCUCCUCUCAACGCGGAGGCGCAGCGGCACGCCACUGAGCCCCUCCCUGAUGACCGAGCUUCUCACCUUAUCUCUAAGGGAGAGCCCGGACACCCUGUGGAGGAAACUCAUUUCGGCCACUUGUAUCCAGGAUUUCGUUCGUUCGGUCACGACCCACAGCUCGUGCCCAUAGGUGAGGGUAGGAACGUAGAUCAACUCGUAAAUUGAGACUUUACCUUUGAAUUGAGCUCCCUCUUAACCACAGAGGGGAAGUAAAAAAAAAAAAAAAAAAUUACUCAAAUAAAUGCCCCUCAGAUAGGUCAUGUUGCUCGGGCACCUC